AUGGUAGGAAGGGCCAUGUGGACUCAGAGGAAAGCUGAUACUAGAUGGGACGAAAAUCUUAAUGAUGGAAAGAGUAAAUUGAAAUUACUACAUUUUGACAGACCCCAUAAGAUUAGGGUGUGGGUCAUGGAAAAACAAGAGAGCAUCUGGGAUGACGGCGAGGAGCGCUUGCGGGAUCUUUGCGGGCCUGACUAUGAGCGCCUUCAGCGGCAAGGCUAUUCGGCCUCCAGGUUGUGGACGGCCGAUUUUCGUGAGCUUUUCCCCUUGUUUCCAGGAAAUCUUAAUCUCGCAUGGCAAAUAUAUGUGCAGUUCAACUUAGUGGCUAGCGGCGGCAAGAUCAUGGACCUAGUGGCAAAGAAAGAAACACGAGACCCCAAGCUGCUACAGUGGAUAAAGGAGAGGUUGGAGUAUGUUUCGUGCAGUGGCUGCGUCAAUGUGAAAGGCUCCUCAUGGAGAAGCCGAUAGGUGAAAGUUCUGUGUU